AGAAUUGAAAUCGAGGCUGGCAAGGAGCAACGAUGUAAACAAUCUUGGUGAUUCGUAUAAUGACCGAAAAGAUUUGGAUUUCCACAUUGGUAAAUGAAUUCAUUUUAAAGGAUUAUGGCUUGACAACCAUAAGAAAGCUUCAAGCACACACUGGUGAGAUAUUGACACCUCGUCAAUGAGGUACUCUGUUUAACUACCAUGUCAACGGAACCAUAUGAGGAGUUAUCCAGUUUUGGUUCUUUGGUCCGUGUCUCCAACUCUACGGCCCCGACCAGCGUUCCUCCUACGCCAACACCUACAAGCCCACGAAAAACAGCAUCAUCAUCAAAGUCCCCAACUCGGCCUAACCCUACAAAAAAGAAGGAAGCAUUAAGAUCAUCUUUGGAAAAGCAAAAAGAUGAUGAUAGUGUGAAGGAAGAAGGAGUCUUUUUCUGGGUGAACAAAAGUGGUUUUCCUAUUGAUGACAUUACGUGGAAAAGGAUGUGGGAUCACGUCGCUAAGAUCCACCCAGAUGGUUACAGUGUGGUAAAUAAGAUCAGAGACAAUGCAGAUUUAGAUGAGGUUCCUGUGCCCCAGCCUCCAUUGAAUCUUCCAAAUUCUAUGUCUUGUCAGGAUAAACUCAAUGCAGUGCAAAACUAUAUGAGAGAAUUACAAUAUAACCAUACUGGGACACAAUUUUUUGAAAUACGAAAGAAUCGACCAAUCUCAGGACUCAUGGAAAGUGCAAGAGAAAUGAUAAGAGAAUCAUUGCCAAUAAAGUGUCUGGAAGCUGUAAUUUUGGGAAUCCAUCUCACCAAUGGAAUGCCAGGAUUAGAGCGUUUUCCUCUUAGUUUCAAGACCAGUUUCUCAGGAACAGUACACAGACAUGUGGUGCUUGGAGUAUGCCAAAAUGGCAAAUAUGGAACGAUUGGUAUGAGCAGGAGGGAGGAGCUCAUGUAUAAACCUCUGAAAUUCAAAUCUUUAUCUGGAUUAGUUUUUGAUUAUGAAGAUUCUUAUAAUAAAUAUCUGCAUGAAGUGAAGAAAGUAAAACUUGGAUUGCCAGUACCACAUGAUUCUCACAGUUAUGAACAGAUAAGCUGGAAGUACUUAAGUUUGAACUGCCAACAACUGAGUAGAACAGAAAUGAACAAAGAGUUGGAGAAGCAUGCUAGAGAAGUGAGAAGCAUGAUGAAGAGUGCAACUGGCCCCCUGUAUACUGGAAAGAAAACAGCUGGUCACGGUUCCAACAGCACCAAUAGUGCAACGAUGAACAGCAAUGCAACAUCACAGAAGAAAGAGGAAUCAUCAGUCAAAGACAAGAUAAUUGUCCAUGACAAGGAAAAAAUGGACGAUGGAUAUGAGGAUCCCUGCAAUGCAAGUGAAAGCAAGAAACUGGACCCAGCUUAUCAAAUCCGCAUAUAGUCCAUAAGAAGUCUGCAGA